AUGCGGUCAUCAACGCUCAUCCUGGCCGCGGCAGGCCUCACAGCCGCCCAGGACGCCUCAUCAACCUGCACAGAUGGCCUCUACAUGAUCGUCGCCCGCGCGACAGGCGAGGACCCCGGGACCGGCCGCGUCGGCGCCGUCGCCCGCAACGUGUCGGACGCGAUCCCGAACUCGUACAUCGAGCCGAUCGUGUACCCGGCCACCUUCGCAAACUACACCACCUCCGAGGCCGCGGGCGUGACGGCCAUGACCAAGGCCAUCAGGGACCGCGUGGCCGCGUGCCCCGAGGGCAGGAUCGCGCUGCUGGGGUUCUCGCAGGGCGCGCAGGUCUCGGCGGACACGCUCUGCGGGACGGACGACGGCACCGGGUCGGCGUUCCCCGACAAGCCCGACCUGGGGCCCGAGUACGAGCGGAACAUUGUUGCUGUGAUCAUGUUUGGUGAUCCUAGCCACUCUGUGGAUGCCCCGUUUAACGAGGGCAACGCGACGAGGAACGGGAUCUUUGCGAGGAAUAACGUCACGGCGUGCGAGCCCUACACGAGCAAGAUGCGCUCGUGGUGUGACUCCAACGACCUGUACUGCGACAGCGGCAACAGCUCGAGGGUACAUGGCUCUUACUUCAACAACACGGCCUACCUGAACGACGCUACCUCGUUUGUCAUCAGCCAGUUCAAGGAGGGUGGCUCUGGGUCCAGCCGCGACAACAGCACAUCGAACUCAACGGACAGUUCUACGAGCAGUGGCUAUUCCCUCAGAGCGGGCAUGGGACAGUCGCAGAUGCUGUCAGCGGCAUUCGCAACAGCGUGUGGAAGCCUUUUGUUUCUCUUGCUAUAG